GGAGCCGCGUGCGGAGACAACAAUUUUUUUGGUUGCAGUACCAAAAAAGAUUCGUUUGUCAAACGUUUACGUUGGCAAAACGAACGAACUUUUGUAGAGCGAAACAAAGCUAACGACACUUUAGAGUUUAAGUCUCUGUCCGAGACGUGUGAAGAACAGCAGGAGGAGAAAGUCAGUGACAAAAAUGCAUUGGGAUUGGGAUUGGUAUCAUUGUCAUCAUUGGCAUAGGCCUUGGGACCCCUUUUUAUACCACAACAAAUGUUCGACGGUGGUGACGAGGGCAGCGACAACACGGUUUAGAUCAGCGCUAACGAAUUUCCCCUGGGAUUGCCAUCACUACGAUUGCAGUUACAGUCUACCGGAAUGGUGUCAUCAUUCCUGUCUAACCGAUCGCGUCUAUGUGGAGACGGGUGAGGAGGAGGACACCUGCGGCAAGGGUACCUUCAAGGUGGUCAUCGAUGUGCAUCAUUUCAAGGGCGAUGAGCUUAAGCUUAAGGUCAAGAAUAGCGACUUUCUGAUGCUGGAGGGUCAGCACAAAGACGAGAGGGCAAACAAAUCGCCAGGUUUGUGCAUCACCAAGGCUUUUACGCGGCAAUACAAACUACCCCGCAACUAUGAUGCCACACAGGCCAAGGCCACACUCUCCAAGGAUGGUAUUCUGUCGAUAAUUGUACCCGCUCCUCCUCCCCUAGAUGAUGCAGUGCGAGAUAUAGAAAUUAUACAAACCGAGACAUAUUUUGGCUCCAAAGACCAGGCCAUAGAAGACACCAAGGAGGGAAAAUUGGAAACCAAAUGAAAAUUACUGAAAAUCCGAAAAUUCCUUAAGCAACGCUGCAGCAGCAAGUUUUUCGCAACACUUUGCAAUAAAAAAAAUAAUAACCAAGAACACCUUAGAAAAAGGCACAAAAAUCGCUAUGGAACCAGCUAAGAAGCUAAGCACUUUUAAACAAGUUUUUGACUUAGAGAGUUUUUUUUCCAACAACAACCAAUAGUUAUCUAAUCGAAAUAGUUAUUUAAGAAAAUUUACUAAGUGUUAGUUAAAAUAGAAGUUUUGAAAAAAACUCAUCAUAUUUAGAAAUCAUCAGAACGUUCUGUGUAAUCGUAAUUGUAGCUGAAAACUUUAAAUCAUUCUAAGAUCAAAUCUCCCCUACAAAUAUCAUCUCCAUAAACUAAUUCUAAGAUAAAAAAAAAACAAAAAUCUAAGUCAUAAAUAACCAUGUUUUACAGAGCCCGAAGUAAGAAAAAAAAAAACUUUUAUUUAUUUAAUUAAUUUAAAAAAAUAUAAAAAUUCCUUUAAAGCACCCUAAAUGUUUGUUAAAAUGUUUUAAUAAAAUUGUUGAAAGUAUUUCGAAAUAUAUAUGCGUGCU